ACGGGCACGCGCACGCCGCGGCCUCGAGCACGCAGCCGCCCUCGUCGCAGUAAACGCGACAGCUCCGGUUGGCCUUGGGGGCGGGGCUGUAGAGGAACGUGCCAAAGCCGUAGAGUGAGAAUUCUACUAGAGAGGAAAUGGCUGCCUCUUCAUCAUCCUCCUCAGCCGGUGGGGUCAGUGGAAGUUCUGUCACUGGAUCUGGUUUCAGUGUCUCAGACCUUGCCCCACCACGGAAAGCCCUUUUCACCUACCCCAAAGGAGCUGGAGAGAUGUUAGAAGAUGGUUCCGAGAGAUUCCUCUGUGAAUCCGUUUUCAGCUAUCAAGUGGCAUCUACGCUUAAACAGGUGAAACAUGAUCAGCAAGUUGCUCGGAUGGAAAAACUAGCUGGUCUGGUAGAAGAGCUGGAGGCAGAUGAGUGGCGAUUUAAACCCAUCGAGCAGCUGCUGGGGUUCACACCCUCUUCAGGUUGACCUUGCCUGGACAGUCACCUAUGGGGCACAGCAAGUGCAGGUCCAGUGAGGAACUUUUCUUACAGCUUACAUAGCCAUCCAGAGAUUCACAGCUCCAUCACUGAAUUGUUAAUUCACAUCCAUACUUGGUUUCUCUUUAUCUAUCCAUAAGCAACAAAUACUUAAAUGUGUGAUCUUAUACAAGGAAAUUUUUUGUUUAUUUGUUUAAAAAAGUAUUGAGGGCUUCCCUGGUGGUGCAGUGGUUGAGAGUCCACCUGACGAUGCAGGGGACACAGGUUCGUGCCCUGGUCCGGGAAGAUCCCACAUGCCGCAGAGCGGCUAGGCCCGUGAGCCAUGGCCGCUGAGCCUGCGUGGUCCAGAGCCUGUGCUCCGCAAAGGAGGUUUGGGUUUAAGAGAGAUUUAUAAAACUACACAAGCCAGGACACAUGCCAGAAUUGGCCAACAGAAUGGCAUCCCUCCUGUCAAUUCAUGCAGUUCCUAGAAUCCUCACCAGUCAAGUCGGAGGUCAGGAUCUAGAGUUAUAAAAUAUAGUAUUUCUAACCUAAAACCGUUCUUUUUGCAGAUGAAUGUGAUUUCAACUCAGGACCUGUCCAAAUUAGGAAUUUUUUAAUGUUUGGGAUUUAUUUUCUAUUUUUAGACAUCUAAUUCUAUAGAUUCUAUCUUUUUCUAACCUCCUCUAGGCAUGCCAAAUGCUGGCAAAAAGAAUUGCUUUUUGAAUGUUGAAGUUCUGCUAAAAAUAAAGCAGUGAGCAAAAUCCUUUUAAACACAGAAAUCCUGAGUUCAUCUUGUUGGUGGGCUCAGGCAAUUCUGUAGCAAAUAAAUCCUUUGAAAGAGC